UGUCUUAAUUAGUGAAGACGAAGACCAUUAUUUUACUGUGACUUCUCUCUCUGUCUCACACUCAAAAGCUUUAUACUUUCUGCAAGCUCAUCUCACUUAAAAAGAGCUUAAACCAUAGAGAUCUGAGAGUAGAAAAGAGAUUUUAGAGUAGAGUCUCUUCUGCUACAACAAGAUCUUUCAUCGACCAGGAGAUUGGAAAGAAUCAUGGGUUCUAAGCAUAACCCACCGGGGAAUAACAGAUCGAGAAGUACACUAUCUCUACUCGUUGUGGUUGGUUUAUGCUGUUUCUUCUACCUUCUUGGAGCAUGGCAAAAGAGUGGGUUUGGUAAAGGAGACAGCAUAGCUAUGGAGAUCACAAAGCAAGCACAGUGUACAGAUAUUGUCACUGAACUUGACUUUGAACCUCAUCACAACACUGUGAAGAUCCCUCACAAAGCUGAUCCAAAACCCGUUUCUUUCAAGGCUUGUGAUGUGAAGCUCAAGGAUUACACGCCUUGUCAAGAGCAAGACAGAGCCAUGAAGUUCCUGAGAGAGAACAUGAUUUACAGAGAGAGACAUUGUCCUCCUGACAAUGAGAAACUCCGUUGUCUUGUUCCAGCUCCUAAAGGCUAUAUGACUCCUUUCCCUUGGCCUAAAAGCAGAGAUUACGUUCACUAUGCCAAUGCUCCUUUCAAGAGCUUGACUGUCGAAAAAGCUGGACAGAAUUGGGUUCAGUUUCAAGGAAAUGUGUUUAAAUUCCCUGGUGGAGGAACUAUGUUUCCUCAAGGCGCGGAUGCGUAUAUUGAAGAGUUAGCUUCUGUUAUCCCAAUCAAAGAUGGCUCUGUCAGAACUGCAUUGGACACUGGAUGUGGGGUUGCAAGCUGGGGUGCUUAUAUGCUUAAGAGGAAUGUUUUGGCUAUGUCGUUUGCGCCAAGGGAUAACCACGAAGCACAAGUACAGUUUGCGCUUGAGAGAGGUGUUCCAGCGAUCAUCGCUGUUCUUGGAUCAAUUCUUCUUCCUUACCCUGCAAGAGCUUUUGAUAUGGCUCAAUGCUCUCGAUGCUUGAUACCAUGGACCGCAAACGAGGGAACAUACUUAAUGGAAGUUGAUAGAGUCUUGAGACCUGGAGGUUACUGGGUCUUAUCGGGUCCUCCAAUCAACUGGAAGACGUGGCACAAGACAUGGAACCGAACUAAAGCAGAACUCAACGCCGAGCAAAAGAGAAUAGAGGAUAUCACAGAGUCCUUAUGCUGGGAGAAGAAGUAUGAGAAGGGAGACAUCGCAAUUUUCAGAAAGAAGAUAAACGAUAGAUCAUGCGAUAGAUCAACACCAGUUAACACCUGCAAGAGAAAGGACACUGAUGAUAUCUGGUACAAGGAGAUUGAAACGUGUGUAACACCAUUCCCUAAAGUGUCAAGCGAAGAAGAAGUCGCUGGAGGAGAGCUAAAGAAGUUUCCCGAGAGGCUAUUCGCAGUUCCCCCAAGUAUCUCUAAAGGUUUGAUAAAUGGCGUUGACGAAAAUUCAUACCAAGAAGAUAUCGAUCUAUGGAAGAAGCGCUUGAUCGCAUAUAAGAGAAUCAACAGACUGAUAGGUUCCACCAGAUACCGUAAUGUGAUGGACAUGAAUGCCGGUCUUGGAGGAUUCGCUGCUGCCCUGGAAUCGCCUAAAUCGUGGGUUAUGAAUGUGAUUCCAACCAUUAACAAGAACACAUUGAGUGUUGUCUACGAGAGAGGUCUCAUUGGUAUCUACCAUGACUGGUGUGAAGGCUUCUCAACUUAUCCAAGAACAUACGAUUUCAUUCAUGCUAGUGGUGUCUUCAGCUUGUAUCAGCACAGCUGCAAACUUGAAGAUAUUCUUCUUGAAACUGAUCGGAUUUUGAGGCCGGAAGGGAUUGUGAUUUUCCGGGAUGAGGUUGAUGUUUUGAACGAUGUGAGGAAGAUCGCCGAUGGAAUGAGAUGGGAUACUAAAUUAUUGGAUCACGAAGAUGGUCCUCUCGUACCGGAGAAGAUUCUCGUCGCUGUUAAGCAGUAUUGGGUCGCCGGAGAUGAUGGAAACAGCUCUCCAUCUUCUUCUUCUUCUUCUUCUGAUACUAGUGAAGAAGAAUAAAACAAAACUCCUCAGGUGAAGAAGGUUUACGAAGGUUGAAGAUUGUAGAUCUAUUUUACAAACACCUGGAAAAUUCUUAUCAAAAGAAAGGAAUCAGAAUUUUUCUAAUGAAAAGAAAGGUGUCAGAAGCUGUAAUACAAUAUAUAGAUGAUGAUCAAGACGAAUAUGUGCAUUUGUGUUUUUUUAUUUAUUUUUGUUCCCCUAGUUUCUUAAUUUUAAUUUUAUUUUUGAAGGAAAAACAAAACAAAAAAAGAAGAAGUAGUUCCAUGUGUGUUUGCAAGAUAGUUUGAAGUCUUUUUGGACACCA